UAAACACACUGUAGGCCGAAUAUAAACCAACCCAGGGAAAUUAAUCCACCAGACGUGCAUCUUCAACGUUUGCGUCUGGUUUCCUGUGAAUGUUUAUGUUUGUCCGCAGGACGCUGCGAGCUCACCGCCACUGUGCACGGAGGAGGAAGAGGCUAUAAGUAGCGCCUGAAGUCCGCCAUGGCCUCCUUUGGAUGGAAGAGGAAGAUUGGUGAGAGAGUAUCAAAGGUGACUUCUCAGAACUUUGAAAAGGAGUCCGCCGAUGAGUCCAUUAACGCGGAGAGCGAUGACGUGGACUGGCUGCACUCCAUUAAGCGCAAGAAGGAAAUUCUUCUGGAGGACAAUAUCGCUAAAAGUAAACGGCUGAAGGACGAAGGAGCCUUACUGGCCCUCAACGGAAGCCACUGGGAGGCUAUAAAGAAAUGGGAUGAGGGGAUCAAUUUAACCCCAGAAGACGCUGCUCUGUAUGAGAUGAAGGCUCAGUCUCUUCUGUGUCUUCAGGAAAUGUUUCCAGCUGUACAAGCCGCAGAAACCGCAGUCAGCAGGAACGCAAAGUUUGUGGAAGGCUGGCAGACUCUAGGACGGGCACAGCUGGGUAUAGGAGAAAUAGCGAUGGCCAUUCGGAGCUUCCAGAUUGGGAUCCACAUCUGCCCUUCUAACAUGGAGUUAUGGGAGGAAGAUCUGAAGUGGGCUUGCAAGCUUCUCCAAGAGAAGAGAGAAGUGGACGCCGCAGAAGCUCUGGAGAGGAAGCGGGCAGGUUUCAGUAUUGAACAGGCCUUAAUCCCAGACUAUGACUUUGAGGGUGACGAGGUGGUGGCGGCCUGUGAUGCCAUCUCACGGAUCCAGAAGGCGGCGGCUGCCAGCGGCAAAACUAUACUUGCUUCUUCAUCAGGAGAGGUGGCGAAUCAGGAGCCAACGAGAGACAAGGCCUCGACCUCUGGUGAUGACCAAAAGUUGUUUAUCAAAGCUCGAUGAUUGGAAGUUUUUUCAUCUGUGGCGCUGAGUGUCCCCCGGGACGCGGCUGUAGAAGGAAAAGAGACUAUAAAGAUAUAUCUAUACCCAGAUUUUAUCGAUCCGUAUGCAACUGUCAGCUUUGCCCUUUGUUGUGUUUAUGGUGGGGGUAGUUGUAAAGAUGUCUUCCCAGGAUGAUAAUAAUAAUACCUUUUCAAAGGUU